AUGGCCUCUGACCUCGCCGAAUAUCCAUUAAGGGCCUGCGAACUAUCGUACAACCUCACGAGCAGCCCGCAGCCUGUUCCCAGCGAAGCCACAAUUCUAUCUUCGGAGCAGAGCAUUUGCACGGAUCAUAUGGUUGUUGCGUCAUGGAAGCAUGGCAUCGGAUGGUCGAAGCCUGAGUUGAAGCCCUAUGGUCCGCUUAACCUACUCCCGACCGCGUCCUGCCUUCAUUACGCCACCGAGUGCUUCGAAGGCCUGAAGGCCUACAGAGGUCACGACGGCAAGCUCAGAGUUUUUCGCAUCGAGCAUAACGUUGCUCGUCUACGAAGCUCAGCCGCCAGGAUCUCCCUCCCUACGUUCGAGCCUGGGGAAGUCAAGAAACUUGUUCUUGGCCUGUUGUCAGUAGAUGCUGACCGCUGGCUCCCUGAGGAACAGUCUGGCGGCUUUCUCUACGUCCGUCCCACGAUCAUUGGUACUUCGCCUCAGCUUGGCGUCCAAGCGCCCAAGGAAGCCAUAUUGUUCAUCGUUCUGGCAUAUAUGCCUCGUCUCGACGUAACACCAGGGGGUAUGCGACUGUAUUCGUCUCCGAAAGACGCUGUCCGGGCCUGGGUCGGUGGUUUUGGAUACGCAAAGAUCGGAGCGAACUACGGGCCUUCGGUCUUGGUUCUACAGGAAGCUGCUGAUAAAGGAUACCAUCAAGUCUUGUGGCUCUACGGAGAAGAUGGAGAAUGCACUGAAGCUGGUGGCUGCAACUUCUUCGUUGUAUGGGUUCGCAAGGAUGGCAAGACGGAGCUCAUUACCGCACCCCUAGAUGAUAAGACAAUCCUUGAUGGAGUUACGAGACGAAGCUGCCUCGAACUUGCGAGAGAAAGACUUGGCGAGGAGAUCUUAGUCUCAGAGCGCAAGUUCACAGUCACUGAAAUCAGGGAGGCCGCGGCUGAAGGUCGUCUGUUGGAGUCGUUUGCCGCAGGCACUGCUUACUUCAUCUCUGCAGUUUCCCAUAUUCGCCAUCGCGGGUAUGAUAUCAGUGUGCCAAUGGGUGCCGCCGGGAAAGGAGCGAAGAUCACUACCACACUUAAAGGAUGGCUCACCGAAAUCAUGUACGGCUAUAUUGAGCAUCCGUGGGCUACGAUUGUCUCUACUUCUUGA